UCCGGCCAGGCCGUUGUCUGGGUGGCGCGGUCGAGUCAUCGCUGGGCUUCGCCGCUCGGAUCUCCUAUCCCUCCCCCCGCCCCGGCGCGGGGGGUCGAGCAGCCGAGUGGGGCGGGAGGCGACCCGGACCCUCCUCUCCGUUUCGUUCUGGCCAGCUCCCCGGCUACCCGCGCUGGGGCCUGGGGUCCUUGGGGCCCGCGAGGCCCGGUCUGAGGGGCCGGGGCCUACGUGGGCCCGCAGCUGGGCCCCAUGAGGCAUAGCCUGACCAAACUGCUGGCGGCCUCCGGCGGCGAUUCCCUAACCCGCAGCGAGAGCCCGGCGCCGGCCGCGACCUGCUCCCUGCCCGCGGACUCGACCCGGGCGGCGGCGGCGGCGGCGGAGGAAGAGACGGCGGCGGCCGGAUCUCCCGGCCGCAGGCAGCUCCGCGGCGACGAGGCCGAGUUGGAGGCUGGGAGGGGGGGCCGCGGCGGUGCGGCCGUGCGCGCGCCCUCGCCCGAAGAGAUGGAGGAGGAGGCGGUCGCCAGCGUCCCCGGGGAGGAGACGGAGGAUAUGGACUUUCUGUCCGGGCUGGAACUGGCGGAUCUCCUGGACCCCCGGCAACCGGACUGGCACCUGGAGCCCGGGCUCAGCUCGCCCGGGCCUCUCUCCUCGUCGGGCGGAGGCUCAGAUAGCGGCGGCCUGUGGAGAGGGGACGACGACGACGAGGCCGCGGCUGCCGAGAUGCAGCGCUUUUCUGACCUGCUGCAGAGGCUGUUAAACGGGAUCGGAGGCUGCAGCAGCGGCAGUGACAGUGGCAGCGGCGAAAAGAGGCGGAGAAAGUCCCCAGGAGGAGGCGGCGGCAGCAGCGGCAACGACAGCAACCAGGCGGCGACAAAGAGUCCCCGGAAGGCGGCAGCGGCUGCUGCCCGUCUGAAUCGGCUGAAGAAGAAGGAGUACGUGAUGGGGCUGGAGAGUCGAGUGCGGGGUCUGGCAGCCGAGAACCAGGAGCUGCGGGCCGAGAAUCGGGAGCUGGGCAAGCGCGUGCAGGCACUGCAGGAGGAGAGUCGCUACCUACGGGCCGUCUUAGCCAACGAGACCGGACUGGCUCGCUUGCUGAGCCGGCUGAGCGGCGUGGGACUGCGGCUGACCACCUCGCUCUUCAGAGACUCGCCCGCCGGUGACCAUGACUACGCUCUGCCGGUGGGAAAGCAGCAGCAGGACCUGCUGGAAGAGGACGACUCGGCGGGAGGAGUGUGUCUUCAUGUGGACAAGGAUAAGGUGUCGGUGGAGUUCUGCUCGGCGUGCGCCCGGAAGGCGUCGUCUUCUCUUAAAAUGUAGGGUCAAGUAAUCUGCUCUUUAUCCGCGUUUACCCCUUUCAACUCCCUUACACCAUGUAAAACACUUUAGUGGGACAUCUUCACUGGACACAUUUCAGAGGAGGAAAAAAAAAAAGUAAUAUUGAAUCUUUAAGUGUUUAGCUAAAAGCAUGAAUGUGACACUGUAACCAACUCCUAAUGAUAACAUGUGACUAUUAAAUCUCUCUGACAGUUUCUUUUUUAGGUGAUUUCCUUCCUGCCAGGCUCCGUUGUAGGGGUUACAGAACAGUCGUUCCCGCCUCACAACCUGACUUGCGUGUACCUAGCUCUUCUGUCCCCAGUGUGGACAUGGCCUUGGAUGACAUCGGUUCCAACUGUACACUGAAAGCUGCUAAUAGAGAUACAGUUUGGAGACAGUGAAACAGGUGAAGUUGAAUGGAAGUUCCGAGUUGUACAAGGUGCAAAUUGGAAUUCCAAUUUUAGAGCAACUUUUCAGAGGUUGACAAUAAGUAUUGGGGGCAUGCACAAAUGUGAUAGCUAUUUUGCUUGGAGAUGACAGAAAUCUCUUAAAUAUUCAAGAAUGCCUUUUAGUUUUCUGUAGAAAAUCUAGAAAUACAGUCUAUUCAGAUUAACAGAUUUUAACCUCUCACCAAUAGAGAAGUUGGAAAUUAAUAUGCAUAUCAGACUCCUGUGUUAGUUAAUUGAAGGAGGAAUAAGAAUGGUUGAUGAAGUGUUUCUUUGAGGACCAGCACAGUGGUAACCCUAUCACUGAGUAUGAAUAAAUUGUUGAACACCUUUAUUUUUGUUGUAUUAAAAUUUUAGGUUAAAUUUUUGUAUGAUUAGAUAUUGAAGGUUGUGAAAUGUGAAUGAAAACGUGUAAAGUGAGGCUUCACAAAGAAUCUUAUUCUCCAUAUUUAAACGUAUUUGUCCUAUUUAAAAAUAGUUUUUAAAAUUGAGUGGUUCUGGCUACUUAAUGACACGAUGGACACUUUUUCCAAAGGUGGGACAUAUUUUUCCCCUGAAGUACUCUAUUAUCUAUUGUCCAGUUGUAUAAAUUGAGUUACGGUGUCCUUCAGUGUAAGAGGCAUUAAGAAAUUCUUUGUGAAACAUCACUGUUUGAUAAAGUAUAUACGUAUUUAGCAUCCUUGUUUUUCUUUGUGCUAAAGUGGAUACAGCUGUUGGGGCAGAAGAGACGGGACCAGCUGCUGGCCACAUUUCCUGCUUUAUUUUAAAAGGUAGUAUAAGAAAUGAGGAAAAAGAGGUAAUAUCAGGGCUUCUGCUGUCUUUUAUUUUAAAAUGUUCAUAAUAAGUAUUUUCCAGCAGUCCAAAGAUGUAAGUUAUCUUACACAUAAAAUGUUUUAUUUUGUUGUUAUUUGGUUAUGAAAAUGGAAUCCUUGUUCUUGCACAACUGUAAAUGUUUUGUUGCUAGAUAAUACGAUUUGAGACUGAACUUGGUCUCUGGUUUCCAGUGCAUCACAGCAUAUUUUGUAAAAUCAUCUGCACUUGAGCAUGAAUGGGUAGUAGCCAAACUCACAACCUGGAGUGAUGAACCUGCUUAUACCUAAGUGCAGGAGCAAGCCCCUCACAAUGCAGCUGCAUGGAUUUUUAGUGCCUACUGAAUUAUAUAUAUAUAUAUAUAAAAACCAAAAGUAGUUGGAAAAAUUAUUUGAAAUGACUAAUUUGUGCUAUCUUUAUGGAAUAUGUUAAAUGUAGCUUUUUGAAACAGAAGCCUUGAAUUGAAAUUUAAUUAAUACUUGAACAUUUUGUAUAUAUUUCUUUGUAUAUAAUUUUGUGCAGUACCAAUGACAAAAAUACGGUGUCAUAAUAAAACCAGGUUUGUUGAUCUUUCAGUUAUGGGCUCAAAGAGUUUAUUCAUCUCUAACAUGACAUUGGAAAAUAAUGGAUGAAAAUAGGAAAAAUGAUUGUUGUUAAUGCUGACUGUGGGUCUUAAAAGGUUCUGGAAGCAGUAAGUGCGUUUUUCUAAAGAUUAUACCAUUCCCUUGGAAUAUUUUCUUCCUAAUGUCAGUGCUUUUCCUGCAUUAUUUGAAGUUUGGGGCUGGGGAGAAACAGUAGUCAAAGCUUUCUGAAUUGGGAUGCUUUGACAUUCUAAGUGUAGAUUUUUAGAAUGUCAUUUUAUAAAUGGCAGUUUUUGGAAAUACUUGAUUAAGAACUUUUGAAAAUGGAGAUUAGUAUCACCUAUUUUUAAAGCUGCUUUGUUAGGUUCCUUAUGUUUUAACUGUCUUAGUUUCCAUUUCAUUCUCUUUUUUUUCUAAUUUUGGUGACUUAGUGAUUUUGUCAUUUUUUACAUCAACUUCAUGGUCUUGUUUUUACAUGGUAUUGCAUGUAUUUAGGACCUAUCUAACAGGGGCUUUAAAUAAAUUUGGUCAUAUUUAUGUGUAAGCACAUUUUACUGUAAAUGUUUGAGUUUCUGAAUUUACAACAGAUCUGUUUAUUUCAGUAUGUGGUAAACAAUAUCUUAAAAGUGUCCUAUUCACUACUUGUUAAUUAAAAAAGUUAUGAUUAAUAUGAAA